UUUUUCUUUUGUGCUGUUAGUGUCUGUUUUUUAGUGCAGCUAUGUUCCGUCUUCUGGUGAUCCUGGCCUGCCUGGCCAUCAGUGUCCACGGCUACGCCAAUGGUGCUCCGAAAACCGCUUGCGGGGAUCUGACGCCCCAGCACGGCGCCAAGUUGCAGACGGAUAAGCCGCCGUACUUCAUCUCUGGACUGACCCAUGUGAAUGGGGAUCAGAAGCUGAACCUGAAACUGGAAGGAGGCGACUUCCUCGGAUUCAUUAUCCAGGCUCGCGAUGGCCAGAACCGUGUGGUUGGCCAGUUCCAUGUGGUGGACAGCCAGCACUCGCAGACUUUGGAUUGCUCCGCCAAGGGCGACACCCUCACCCACUUGAAGGCCACCAAGGGAAGCCCAUUGACGUCGCUGGAGUUCGAGUGGGCGCCGCCAGCAGGAUACAAGGGCAACGUGAAGUUCAUGGCCACCGUGGUGCAGACCGGAUUCGUUUACUGGGUCGGUCGCGUCACCAAGGACGUCACCGUGGAGUAGGCCGAUGUGUUCCCCCUUCCCAGCUUGUGAUAGAAAUUUUCAUGAUUUUUCCAAAAUCUAUGUUUACCGUUAAUGCUCCGAUUAGCUUUGGAGCGUAGUAUUUUUGAAAAUAAAGUCGAAAGUUCGUUGAAGAA